AUGGAUACGAAGAGCGAGAACAAGACCUACCGAACAACGCCAGAGUUUGCCGAAUAUCAGCGAGAGAACUUCUGGCUCAGCAACGAUGGAAAGACACCUCUCUUCAACACUGACCCAAGCAAGCUAGAAGAACGUGCUCGCGAACGUCUAUCGGAAGGAGGAUGGUACUACGCAUCUUCGAACGCCGGCCAGUCCCUCACACACCUUGCGAACCGUCAAGCAUUCUACCGACAUAAGAUCAUCCCACGCAUGCUGGUGGACACCAACAAGCGAGACACCAAGGCCGAGAUCUGGGGCCACAAGGUUGCUGCACCGAUCGGCUUCAGCCCCAUUGGCAUCAACAAGAUCUACAAUCCGGCGGGCGAGCUUCCCGUUGCCAAGGUUGCGAAAGAGUUGAACCUGCCAUAUUGUCUGAGCACUGCUGGGUCGCAGCCCAUUGAGGACGUUGGGAAGGCGAACGGGGAAGGCCCAAGGUUCUUCCAGCUAUAUAUGCCUCACGAUGAUGAGCUCACCAUCUCGCUGCUGAAGCGAGCCGUGGACUCCGGCUUCAGUGCCUGCAUCUUGACGGUGGACACGUGGCAGCUCGGCUGGAGACAUGACGACAUCAACACCAGUAAUUACGCAUUCUACCAUGGUAUCGGAGCAGAUCUUGGACUAUCGGACCCUGUCUUCAAGGAACGCUUAGCAGCAGAUGGCAUUGAUCCAGUGAAGCAACCCAACGAGGCGGGUGCGAAGUGGAUCGACAAUGUCUGGCAUGGCCGCGCUUGGAGUUGGGAGAAGAUUCCAUGGUUGAUCAAGACUUGGAAGGAACUGAGCGGCGGCAAGCCAUUCGCUAUCAAGGGCAUCCAGAGCGUGCCCGAUGCGAGAAAGUGUGUCGAGUAUGGCAUCGAUGGCAUUGUCGUCUCCAACCAUGCUGGUCGGCAAGUGGAUGGAGCUAUUGGCAGUCUUGAUGCAUUGGAGAACAUUGUAGAUGGUAAGUUGGCCUUCCCAUCGGCCCAUCACACGAUACUAACUUUGACCUAGCGGUUGGCGACAAGAUCUACAUCAUGUACGAUUCAGGCGUGCGAGGCGCCAGCGAUGUCGUGAAAGCCCUCGCUCUCGGUGCCAAGUUCGUCUUUGUAGGCCGACUCUGGGUGUGGGGACUGUCCAUCAUGGGAGAGCAUGGUGUCAGGCACGUCAUGAAAGGGCUCCUUGCGGAUUUGGACAUCAUGAUGAAUGUUGCGGGCAUUCAAAGCAUUGACCAGCUAGAUCGUUCGUGGUUGGAGAGUCAGCCGAAGAGCUAUUCGUUGAUCCAGGAGAGGAGCAAGCUAUGA